AUGGACCGAUCGAUCGCGCUGCCGAGUAAAUCAAAUCGCGCCGUCGUCGUCCGCCGCGCCAAUCCGUUCACCCUUCGACGCGUCCCCACCCUCCUCACCCACCCUCGCCCCUCUCGUCGGUCGCAGAGCGCCGAGUGCGUCGCCGCCGCGGGGCUGAUAUGCGACGUCCACGCCCUCCAGUGGAGCCCCACGAACGGCGCGCUCGCGUGCGGCGGCUCGGACGGACGCGCGCACCUGCUGAAACCCACGGGCGAGCUCCUCGGCCGCAUCCCUGGCGACGACGACGCGCGCGCGACGCGCGCCGCGAUUCGAGCGCUCGCGUUCAGCAAAGGCAGCAGAUACCUCGCCUCCGCGGGCGACGACGCGGACGUCGUGCUGUGGGACCUGAAGCGCAAGAGCAGGCUGAAGACGUUGACUGGGCACCGCGUUGGCGUCCGCGCCGUGACGUACAGUCCGGGGGAUCAGCAUCUCGCGUCGGGCGACGACGACGGCGUCGUCGUCCUGCACUCGCCGAUAUCCGGCCUCGCCGUCGGGGAGAUGACCGCGGACGACGAGACGACGACGGCCGGCGGCGGGGAUCGAACCGGCGGCGGCGGGAUCACGUCGCUGUGUUACUCCCCGCACCGGAGGCAGAUGCUCGCGUCGUCGUCCUCCGACGGCCGCGCGCGCGUGUGGGACACCGGGGUUCGAAGGCUCUCGCGCGUCCACGACGCCGCCGCGAGCGGGGGGCGACCCGGGACGGUGACGUGGCAGGCGGCGUUCUCGCCGACGACCGUCGGUGUCCUCGCGACGGCGUCGUCGGACGGCGUGGUGCGCUUGGUGGACGUGAACGCGCCGGCGGGGAGCGACGCCGUGGGGUCCAUCGCGUUGCGCGGGUCGUCGCACGGGAAGCAAGCCGGCUUCGGUGGCUUUGGCGGAGGAGCCACACGCGGGACCAGCGCGACGUGCCUGUCGUGGCGCGGCGACGGCGGCGCGCUCGCCGCGGGCGCGUCCGACGGGCGCGUCGUGUGGAUCGACCCGAGGAUGUUGUCGUCGUCGCUCAGCGCGGAGGCGAGCGCGGGCGCGGGGGCGCUGCUGUACGCGACGGCGGCGCACGUCGGCGCGGAAGGCGGGGUCACCGCGUUGCGUUGGCAGCGCGCGGUGGACCAGGACGCGAUGGCGAGGACGGCGCGCGAGGAGGCGCGGACGCCGACGCCGACGAAGUUUGUCGAAGAGACGACGACGAAGCCGCCGCCGCCGCCGACGCCGCCCGCGGCGCCAGCGUUCGGGGAGGGAUCGAACGCCGCGACGGACGCCGAGACGGAGGCGGCGCGGCGACGCGUGGAGCGUCUCCUGAGCGCGAAGACGCCCGAGGCGGUCGCCGCGGCGGCGCGGCCGGGCAUGGGCGUGGGCAUGGGCGCGGGCGCGGGUCUGGGUCUGGGUCUGGGUCUCGACGGCGGGUCGACCGGGCUCGCGCUGACGCCGCCGCCGCGAGCGUCGCCGGGAAUCGGCGGCGCGGGCACCCUGGGCACCCCUUAUGAAGAGGGCGACGAAGAGCGCGAUCCGGAGGGAGGCAUCCCGCUGAUCACGCGCUUCAUGCGAGAGCAGCUCGCGGAGAUGAAGACGGCGAUGAGGGCGGAGGUGAGAACCGUGCACGCGGAGAUGUUGCGGCAGUUUCACGAGGCGCGCGAGGAGCAGCUCGACGCGUUCGAGGAGCUCAAGGCGAGCAACGCGAAGCUCGCGAGCGAGGUCGCGGCGCUGCGCAAGGCGCAGAGCGAGUACGUGCGGCGGUGA